UUCAGCUUUAGGUAUGGUUUGACAUGCUUCAUAAACAUAACGAGCAUGUCCCAUCAUCAAAUGCAGACAUAACUUAGCUCUAGAUCCUUACAUUACGUAUCGUAAGCUUGUAACGAAACAUACCGGCACCUGUUACUAGUCAGCUUUCCAUAACCGUCAGUGCUGCUGUCCCCGCCAUUAGCCAUCAGGCGGCUGCACGUUGACGCGUGCAGCUAUCAGAGGUCGGGGCUAGGCGGGAGCUUCAGGUGCUUGCCAGUUGCAACCUCCAUCAUCGACCAUCACCAUCACCACCCACCUCAUCAUCGCCAACGAUACCCCGACAGACACCCGAUCCUUCGCAAACAACGACGAGCUUCUCCGACCUCAUAUCUUCUGAAAUCCAUCAACCAACAGCAUCCCGCAACUGUGACCACGGAGUAAUUCCAUCAUGGCUGCCAUGUUCAGUCAGAACCCCCUCAUGAACGGGCCCAACUAUUCCUUCAACGAUGCGCCGAGGACAGCAGCUCCCGAGGGAGCGCGGCAGCAUCGUUUUGAUCCAUACACGGACAACGGCGGCUCGACGCUUGCCAUCGCUGGCGCCGACUUCACCAUCAUGGCCGGUGACACCCGCCUGACAUCGGGCUACAGCAUUAACUCGCGAUACCACCCCAAGCUGUUUAAGAUCGGAGGCACCACAGCAGACCAGAAAGACGCCACCAUCGUCUUGUCCGUCGUUGGCUUUAUGGCGGACGGAGAGGCCUUGAAAGAACGUCUCGACGCUAUUUGCAAGAUGUACCGCUACCGCCACGGCAAGCCCAUGAGCGUCAAGGCAUGCGCCCAGCGUCUGUCGACCAUUCUAUACCAGAAGCGUUUCUUCCCCUACUAUGUCUAUGCCAUUCUCGGUGGUCUGGAUGAGGAGGGCAAGGGCGCCGUCUAUUCGUACGAUCCCGUUGGAAGUUACGAGAGGGAGCAGUGCCGGGCUGGUGGCGCGGCGGCCAGCUUGAUCAUGCCGUUCUUGGACAGCCAGGUCAACUUCAAGAACCAGUAUGAGCCUGGCAGCGGUGUUGGUCAUGCGCUCCAGGAGCGCGAGCGCAAGCCGCUAACACGAUUCGAGGGCGAGAUUUUGGCGAAGGAUGCUUUUGACGGAGCUGUUGAGCGCCACAUCGAGGUCGGUGACGGCCUGCAGAUGAUGGUCAUCACCAAGGACGGAAUCGAGGAAGUCUUGCUCCCAUUGAAGCAGGACUAA